CAGAGAAUUUCUCGUAUCGUCAUGCGGCGGGUUCUUCUAGCCCUGGCGGUGGUCGCGACGGCGCUCGAGACGCCCGGCGCCUUCUGGAGCAACCGGUACGCUGCGCACGACAAGGCCACGACCAACGUGGCAGCGACCAUCGCGGCCGAGCUGCUCGCCGAUCUCAAUGCCACGUCACUGCCCGACGUCCUGCCGCUGCUGUCGCCACUUUUGCGCGGCAGCCCGAUAGUCUUUGGCGAUGGAGUCACUUCGAUCGACGCGACGAUCCUUCGGCUCUCGGUGGCCAAGUCGCUCGUGCUGCUUCCGAGUCUCCGCGCCCCAUCUGCCCUGCACAGCGUCUUUGUCGAAGUCCACAUUGGGCUGUGGCAGACCCCGGGACUUGACGACGGCACGACCUUCAUGGUGCAGCAUAGCUACGUGCAGCUGCUUCUCGACCUCUGGGCCAUGGCGUCCUACACGCAGGCAGAAGCCCGGCAUGCGCUCAUGCGGUGUGCAGAUGCGUCGUGGCAACAGCUGCGGACGACGAAUUUGACGCCGUGGGCGCUCGUGCACUACAAGCACCUCCGGUCGACGAUCCUCUGCGAGCUUUUCGCCCUCGGGUUGGAUCCCGCGUCGUGA